UGAAACCGGAUGUUGAACUGUCAUUGGCUAGAGGAAGUUGAACUGUGAUCACAUCCUGUUUUUUUAUUUUUUAAACAAUGUUCUGAAUUAUCAGCCAACGGAUUUGAUCUUGGUAAACCACUGAAAUGUCUUCUAAACCCACUUGUCUAAUUGUGGCCAGUGCAGCUGCACAAGGAGUGUCAGCUCGAUCGUUCCAUCAAGCCUUCUGUCUCUGCAGUUCAGUGUUCAACCUGCAGACGGCUACACCAGGGGGGAAGCCCAUAGAUUUUGUCGGGGUGGAUGAAACCACAGCCAGAUGGGUCCAAGACUUCAGCCAAAAGUCUUUUGCAACCCCAGCCAAGUUGGAGUCCAUAGACGGUGCUCGGUACCAAGCUCUGCUGAUUCCAGACUGUCCUGGGGCGCUCACUGACCUGGCACACAGUGGCUCUCUGGCUCGUAUCCUCGCACACUUCACCUCACAGCAGAAGGCCGUGUGCGCUAUAGGACAAGGGGUGUCUGGUCUGUGCUGCGCCAUAGUAGAGGGACAGAAGUGGAUCUUCACUGGCUACAGUCUCACUGGGCCGUCUGUGUUUGAGUUGGUGAGGAGGCCAGAUUUUGCCAACCUGCCUCUGAUCGUGGAGGACUUUGUCAAGGACAGCGGAGGAUCGUACACCGCUAGUCAGGAGGAUGCCAUGCAUGUAGUGAUCGACAGACACCUGGUGACCGGACAGAACGUCCAGUCUACAUCAGUCGCUGUCAAUAACCUCAUCAUGCUCUGUAAUGGAAAGUAACAUGUCUUCUGUUCUGCUACGUAGGGGACCAAGCUAAAAAGCCUUGGGCCGGGAUUCAAUCCGAUCGUGCUUUGACGGCUAUGCGCCAUUUUAAAAAGGUAAUCUGCCAUCGAAUCGACACAUGCAGCGUUUAUCAUGAAUGCGUUGGGAAUAUUGCCUUUAAAGGAGCUACUGCCUUUGAAAAGCAACAAAUCCAUUUGAAAAUGGCCAAUUUGGCAUCGAUAUGAGAUAGAAACAGAUGUUCUACUGUCAAAAUUGACUGCAAAGUGUAAAUCGGGUUAAUUUUGGUCAGAAAGUCAGUCUUGUCUAAAAUGGAGUUUGGAACAUCUGUGUGUCACAACGGAUAAAUGAAGGUUGGGUUUUGAUUUGACGAUGUCCAUUUACCCACUAACACGGGGUGAACCGAGAUUGUUCUCUAUCCAAUAGAAUAAACAGUGAGACAGACCUGCCCAGCAGCUACGACUUUUACAUAAGACAACAAAUCGCACAUUUCUUUUUUUUUUACUUGAGAAAAACUGCACCAAACACCUUUUUUUAGAUGUAAAAUUACACAACUAAAACAUCUACAUUUUAUUACAGAUUUAUUAUCUUCGAUUCAUUCUGGGGGUGUUUUUUUUCCCAGGAAGUGAAAUAGGCUUCAUGGGGAACAAACAGAUUUAAUCAAACCUCAGAAUCAAUCAGGAAACACACAAAACAAAACUGAAACCUGUUUUUCUAAUAAGCGACAGAAAAAACCGUGGCUCUUUUUAAAAGGUGCGUAGCGCGCAAAGCGCGAUCGGAUUUAAUCCCGGCCUUAUUUUGACAUGAACAGGAUAUGAUUUAGCAGACAGGGUUCAUCAGAGUAUACAUACAGUAACGAAACGGAACCUUUCAAAUACAGGUGUCACAGGCAAAAUCUCAAAGUAGAGCUCCUCUACAUUUAGUGCUAUCAAGGACAAAUAUAAUGGUUCUGGGUACAAAAGCAUUUAGUAAGAUAUGAGGACAUGGUGUACAACUCUUGUCUUAUGUACUAUACACCAGGGUUGGUACAAUUCCAUUUCACAAAGUAAACCAAAUUACAAUUAGAUUCCAACUUUACCUUGAAGAGAAUUGGAAUUUCAGUGCUCUUCCUGAAUCGACUGGAUUUUAGAUGGAAUUGAGGUCAACCCUGCAGUCUACUACAGCAGAGGUUUGUAGUACUACUAGUUUAACACACACGUCAAGCCUAGUUCAGCAGCCACCGGGUGAGGUAUUAGGAAAAGUAUCACUGUAUGUAUGUACAUUUCUAUUGUCGAUUACAUUUUGUUCCUAUUAAAAACAAACAAUGUACCUCUUUUA